AUGGCGGACCCACCCGCAGGGCAUCCCAAGGCCACGCCCACAAACACCCAGGAGACCACCAAUUUCUCCAUUGAGGAUUUCCAGCCUAGGGUGACUAACAUCCCAACACGAGUCACAAGAAAGAGAGGACAACUCAAUGAGAACUAUGCUCCUGAAGAGGGCACUAGCCAGAUCACCACUAGGGAGGUGUGGAAGCUUAUCAACGACCUGAAGGACAUCAUCCACUGCCAAACCACACUCAUUGAAUCUACCAAAGCCGAGCUACAGGAGGUCAAACACAACCAAAAUGUACUUUAUGAACAGAACCAGAAGCUCCAUGAAGAAGUCAAAGCCUUGCCACCCUCAGCUAGAUCAUGGGCCGCUGUAGCAGCCAGCUCGGGCAAUGCAAACCCUCAGCCAAGCUACCAACGCCCUAACAAGAACCAGAAGUGUGUCUGGAUCAGCACCCAGCAGGCAUUCGUAGAUCCAGAGGACAACGAGGCUAAUGAUGGGAACGCCUUCAGCUGA